AUGGCUAGUCCUCCCGUUCUAGCUUUCGAUGCCGAGGGCCGUCCAGUGAAGUUCGACACCUGGCUAGAUGACCUGCACCUGUUCCUACAGCUCACUGCCAAGGAAGAUAUCUCACUGUACGACCACGCCCUAGGCCAUGCCACUGCCCCUGACUCGUCUGCUGACAGCACUCUGCGUUCCCAGUGGCAGACCCGUGAUGCGCACGCUCGCUUUGCUAUUCGCAACUCCCUACCGCUAGACGAGCGCGAGCACUUCGGCCAAAGCAAGACUGCUAAGGACCUCUACACCGCUGUAGUUGCCCGCUACUCCUCACCCGCUUCUGCCACGCUAGGCCGCCUCACUCUCCCCUACCUGUUCCCCGACCUAGCCUCCUUUCACACUGUCGCAGACCUCAUCACCCACCUUAAGACUAGUGAGGCCCGCUUUCGCGCUGCUAUGCCUGCCGAGGACCACUUCCUCUCUCGCUCCCCCACUGAGCUCACCGUUGACCUCCUCGAGAAGGAACUGCUUGCAGCUGAGGCGAGCAUCGUCGCUGUAGGCACCUCUCGUGGCGACCCCCGCACCCCGUUCUUUGAGGGGUGUUCCCCUUCCCCCCUCCUCCCCUCUGUCGCCUCUGCUGCUGCUGUCGACCUCCUUGGUGCUGAGAAGGUCGGGACCGCGUCUGCUUCGAGCGGGCGCCGCAGGAGCAAGGGGGGCAGGGGCGGGGGUGGCGGCGGAGGAGGUGGGGGUGGAGGCGGUGGGAGUGGAGGCGCGGCUGAGGAGGCUAGUGGCGGCAGUGGGGGAGGCGACAGCAGCGGCGGGAGUGGUGGCAGGGGCGGAGGCGGCAGCGGAGGCGGAGGUGGUCGUGGUGGCGGCAGGGGUGGAGGUGGCCGGGGCGGAGGCGGAGGGGGUGGUGGUCGUGGAGGCACUGGCGGAGGACAGAGUCAGCAGCCCGCCCCGACGCUUCAGGCCGCCCGUGAGUGGUAUGCGCAGCGUGGCUUUACCUGCACGUACGUCAUUCGCACAGGUGACCGCAGCGGCCAGCAGUGUGGGAGGCCGCACCCCACGCAGCGCUGCUUCGCGCGCCUUACCGACGCGUGGCGCACCCAGUUUCCUACUGCCACUGAGCUGCCGCGCUGGGCUGAGCUGGAAAAGAGGGGUGUUGAUAUUUGGGCUCUAGACUUUGAUGCUAUUCUCACUGCCAUGUAUGCGAUGUCUAUUAGUGGAGAGGGUGCUCAGUACUUGCGUGUUCCGCCCGACCCGGGCAUUCAGGCCAGUCUGGCUGCCGCUCUAGGUGCUAGUGCGUCCGCUCCCACAGGUCCUGGUGAGGCUGCUGCCCUAGGUGCUAGUGCGUCUGUGCCCCCUGGUACUGAGUCGACUGCAGCACUGCACACCUUCACACUGGACUCAGGUGCUUCUCGCUCUUUCUUUCGUGACCGCACUGUCCUCGAGCCCCUCGCUCGGCCAGUUGCUGUCUCCCUUGCUGACCCCUCUGGGGGUCCGGUCAUUGCGACCUCCUCCACUGUCCUUCCUUGUCCGGCGGUCCCGUCCGGCACGCUGUCAGGUCUCUACCUCCCCUCGUUCUCUACGAACUUGGUGGCGGGUUGUGCGCUCCAGGACUCGGGUGUUCACCAGUUCACCCCUGCCUACGAGCGCGUGACACACUGCACGUGUGCUCGGACGGGUCGCCACCUGGCUACUUUCACUCGAGAGCCGGGGUCGGACCUGUACACACUGACCACUGAGUCCCCUCCGGUAGCUGCGUCUGCGUCUGCGUCAGGUCAGCUGUCCGCCCCUUGCUCGUGUCGCUCUCUGGCGCAUGAGACUGUCCUCUGGCACCACCGCCUUGGUCACCCGUCUGUGCAGCGCCUUCGGGCCAUGCACAAACGGGACCUUGUUGCUGGUCUUCCCAGGGUGCUCCCUCCCCUUCCCGACUCGCCUGCUCCUCCCUGUAUUCCCUGUGUCGAGGGGCGGCAGCGCGCCGCUCCUCACUCCUCCUCCUUUCCCCCGACGACUGCUCCCCUGCAGACGCUCCACUUGGACGUGUGGGGCCCAGCCCGCGUCCGUGGACAGGGUCAGGAGCGGUACUUCCUGCUCGUUGUUGACGACUUCUCGCGCUACACCACGGUCUUCCCCUUGCGAGCCAAGGGUGACGUACCUGAUGUCUUGAUCCCUUGGAUCCGCAGAUCUCGUCUCCAGCUCAGUGAGCGUUUCCGCUCUGACUUUCCUGUCCUGCGUCUGCACUCUGACAGAGGUGGGGAGUUUUCCUCUGGCCUCCUGGAGGCCUUCUGUCAGCAGGAGGGCAUUGAGCAGUCGUUCACGCUUCCGGACUCUCCACAGCAGAAUGGGGUUGCUGAGCGCCGCAUUGGUCUAGUCAUGGAGGUCGCUCGUACCUCCUUGAGUCAUGCGGCUGCCCCCCAUUUCCUGUGGCCGUUUGCGGUCCGAUACGCUGCGCAUCAGCUCAACCUCUGGCCCCGUGUCUCCUUGCCCGAGACUUCUCCGACACUGCGUUGGACGGGAGAGGCUGGCGAUGCGUCGCGUUUUUGGGUCUGGGGAUCCCGAGCUUUUGUCCGCGACACGUCCGCGGACAAGCUCUCCCGUCGCGCUGUCCCCUGCGUCUUCCUUGGCUUUGUCCCGGACGCCCCUGGUUGGCAGUUCUACCACCCCACCUCGCGUCGUGUCCUGGCCUCUCAGGACGUCACUUUUGACGAGUCCGUCCCCUACUACCGCCUCUUCCCCUACCGCACUGCCCCGCUCCCCCCCCCGCCUCUCUUCCUCGCUCCAGGUGCUGAGGUACCAGACCCCCUCCCCCCUCAGGGUGCCGCUCCCUCAGGUGUGUCCCAGGUAGACCCGGGUGAGCCGGUCGAGGUAGCUGUUGACUCUCGUCCUGCGUCUGGGGGUGCUGAGCCUGGGGGUGCUGAGUCUGGGGGUGCGGAGCCUGGAGGUGCGGAGCCUGGCGGUGCGGAGCCUGGAGGUGCUGAGCCUGGGGGUGCGGAGUCUGGGGGUGCUGAGACUGAGCGUGCUACACCUGGAGGAGCCCUCUCCUCCCAGCAGCUGCAGGAGAGGUACCUCAAGUACUGCCGCCUCCGGAGAGGUGCUGCUGGAGCUCGUCCCGGUACUUCCCCUCCUACCCAGGAGCUCCCCCCCAUUCAGCAGAUCCGAGAGUGGUACACACGCCGCUGCAGUCUUCGGAGUGGUCCUCCGGGUGCUGCGGACCUUGGGGGUGGCGCUGCUACUGGUGCUGAGGACCCGGGCGUUGGGGCUGCUGCUGGUGCUGAGGACCCGGGCGUUGGAGCUGCUGCUGGUACUGCGGACCCGAGCGGUGGCGCUGCUGCUGGUGCUGAGGACCCGGGCGUUGGAGCUACUGCUGGAGCUGAGGACCCGGACGGUGGAGCUGCUGCUGGUGCUGAGGACCCGGGCGCUGGAGCUGCUGCUGGUGCUGAGGACCCGGGCGGUGGAGCUGCUGCUGGUGCUGAGGACUCGGACGUUGGAGCUACUGCUGGAGCUGAGGACCCGAGCGGUGGUGCUGCUGCUGGUGCUGAGGACCCGGCCGGUGGAGCUGCUGCUGGUGUUGAGGACCCGGACGUUGGAGCUGCUGCUGGUGCUGAGGACCCUGCCGCUGGUGUCUCUGCUGGUUCUGGAGACGCUACGCGGCCGCGACCUCGCCGUCACAGUUACCGCCUGCCUCGCCUCUCCCUGCUCCCUCUCCUUACACUGGUCCCACGGGAGGUCUUACAGAGCGUCCAUGUCCCGCUGCCGUCUCCUCCUGCGUCCUCUCUGCCUACUCUUCCUGAUCCGGAGUCUGACUCCCGUCGUGCUGCCAGUCCCACUGUCACCCGUCUCCUCGCUACUGUUGUCACUGACCCUACCUUUGAGUCCUCUGCUGCGUCUGCUCUGGUCGCUGAGUUGAUAGACUUUGCUGCCCGGUGUCGUCUAGACUACGCCACUAGCCUUGUUGCCGAGUCUGAGUCUGCGUCUGUCUGUCCUCCGUCCGUCGGGGGUGAGUGUGCUCUUGGCAUGGACGUCCUUGAGGACAGACAGGAGGAGUUCCAGUGCUUUGCUGCUGCUUUGCCCCACCUCGUGUCCAUGCUAGUUGCCCCUGAGGGAGACCCGGAUGCACCAGACAUCCCGACCCCGUGCACUUACGCUGAGGCGAUGGCGGGUCCCUACUCCUCUCAGUGGCAGACAGCCAUGGACGCAGAGAUGGCUUCCUGGAAGUCCACACGCACCUACGUCGACGAGGUUCCCCCACCUGGGGCGAACAUCGUCAGUGGCAUGUGGAUUUUCAGGGUGAAGCGGCCGCCGGGUUCUCCUCCUGUCUUCAAGGCGCGCUACGUGGCUCGAGGCUUCAGUCAGCGAGAGGGAGUUGACUUCUUUCAGACCUUCUCCCCCACCCCGAAGAUGACCACUCUUCGGGUGCUGCUGCACAUAGCCGCUCAGCGCGACUACGAGCUUCACUCACUUGACUUCAGCACUGCUUUCUUGCAGGGCAGCCUGCACGAGGAGAUCUGGCUGCGCCGCCCUCCUGGCUUCACUGGGUCGGUUCCUCCUGGUACCCAGUGGAGGCUUCAGCGGCCGGUCUACGGUCUCCGCCAGGCACCGCGUGAGUGGCACGACACACUGAGGACGACACUUGCGGCUCUUGGGUUCGCUCCCUCUACUGCUGACCCGUCACUGUUUCUACGCACAGACACCUCACUGCCGCCGUUCUACAUCCUCGUGUACGUCGACGACUUGGUCUUUGCCACUGCUGACACCGCGGCACUCGCCCACGUGAAGUCGGAGCUGCAGAGGAGACACACGUGCACAGACCUGGGUGAACUGACAAGCUAUCUUGGCUUGCGGAUCACCCGGGACAGAGCACGGCGCACCAUCACCUUGACUCAGUCACACAUGGUGCAGCAGAUCCUUCAGCGCUUCCGCCUCAGUACUCCUCGCCUCAAGCCGAGUGGCCCGUAUCCAGAGCUUGUGGGCUGCCUCAUGUACCUGAUGACCUGCACUCGACCUGACCUUGCAUACCCUCUUAGCAUCCUUGCGCGCUAUGUCGCUCCUGGCCGUCACAGGAAGGAGCACAUGGAUGCCGCUAAGAGGGUGUUGCGCUACUUGUGCAGUACGUCGGGCAUGGGGCUAGUGCUUGGAGGGCGAGACCGAGUUGUACUUACUGGACACUCAGACGCUUCUUGGGCAGACGACCAGGCUACUCAGCGGUCGUCUCAGGGUUACACCUUCAGCCUUGGCUCCGGCUCAGUUUCUUGGCGUUCUACACGCUCUUCUUCUGUUCUCAGCUCCAGUUGUGAGGCUGAGAUCUACGCCACAGCCAUGGCUGCCCAGGAGCUACGCUGGCUGACCUACCUGCUGACCGACUUGGGAGAGCGGCCUCGUUCUCCUCCAGUGCUGUACGUCGACAACCAGGCUGCCAUUGCCUUGUGUGAGGAGCACUAA